AUGACGUCACAGGGCCCAAAGUACCUAAUGUUGUACUCUACAACAGAUGGACAUACCAAAACGAUCAUGGAUACGAUUGCAAAGCAACUCACUAGCGAAACAAUGGCCCGGUGCGAUGUUGUUGACAUCAAGGAUGGUAACAGUUACGCGCUGUCAGACUACGAAAAGGUUCUGCUUGGUGCGUCCAUUCGCUAUGGACGCAUCAGUGCUGCCUUCAUGAAGUACUUAAAGCAACACCACGGUGAGCUAAGCGCCAUGCCAUCUGCUUUCUUCUGCGUCAAUCUCACAGCACGAAAGUCGGACAAAAACACCGCUGUGACUAACGUUUACACACGCAAGUUUCUCGAUCAGUCGCCAUGGUCUCCUCAGCUUACCGGUGUCUUUGCAGGAGCAUUAUGGUACCCUCGCUACAAUUUUUUCGAUCGUAUCCUGAUUCAGUUCAUUAUGUUAGUGACGGGUGGCGAAACGGAUUCUACUAAAGAGAUUGUCUAUACUGAUUGGGCUGCUGUUCGAUGUUUUGCGUCUGACUUUGCAGCUCUACCUUUAACAGUAUCACCACAGCAAAAGCUGGUGGUAGUCAAGAAGCUGACGGGCAGUCUCAGCAGUGGCAACCGAACGCGAUGGGUUCUCGCGAUCGUCGGGAUGUCGAUGGCUGUGCUUGUUGGAAGCAGUAUAGCCGCUGUAAGACGGAGAUGA